UGUUGCUGAGGGUACCAGGCUCCUGGGCUCGUGGAUGGGUAGUAGAUUACCUUCGUACCAGCCCCGUGGGAUACCUUUCGCUGACCUGAUGUGGGCUUUGGAGCAUGGGGUAGAGGAGUCGCCUUCGAGACAGGCUCGGCUGUUCUACCUCCAUUUUAUUACUUCCACUUUUCUAUCGGGUCCGACUGACACCUUUGACCCGAGGUGGAUAGGCAUGGUGGAGGACGUGUCUACACUGGGUGACUAUCGCUGGGGCGAUUUGGGCUAUGCGACGCUUGUCGGCCAGAUGAGUUUGUCGGUGCGCGACUCGGACCCGAGUAGACGUCACUUUGUGAUUACAUUAGCGGGAGUGCCGCGUUUGAUCGAGCUGUGGGCCUUUGAGCACUUACCUUGGCUGGCUCCCCGAAAGGGGCAGAGGCCUUUGGAGUUCCCUGCCGGUCGCCGUUGGGGUUGGAAGAAGAAGCUGACAGUGCGUCCACCGCCCGAUACCGUGCUUGUCGAUUUGACUUUGUCUCACUUGUUUGUUUUUGUAGGUGCGUCAUUCGACACCGUUGGAGUCGGCGCCGAGGCUGUGGAAAAAACUGUUGUACUCUUGGGGGUCCCUUUGAAGGACAGGGCUUUCAGCGGCAUCAAGUUUGAACGCAAGGAACUCUCUCAUGAAUAG